AAUUUCGCUAAAAGUCUUCUUCCUAACUAUUCUAAAAGCGCGAUAAAAUCUAAGUAUCAUAUAUCAUAUUAAUCAGAUAGUGAAAAAAAACGCCAAAAAAAAAAACGAAUUUCCUUAAAUCUGCUUACAUGAUUUAAGGUUGUCCAUUUGUUGGAGAUUUUGAAACAAGCUGAUUUCGAGAUUUGGGACUGCCUGUCUCCUCCCUACCCCCGACGUGCGAGUCAAGCGGUAGCCUAUCUGGGGUAGAAAACGCGAUUCUUCCAGCCAAUCAGUGCCUGUGUUCAGUUGAAGUGUUAACAGCUGUUAACAAACGAUUUUAUCUUUACCAACUGGGGAAAGCAGACCCAGUGGGGAGUGUUGUUUACAACCUGAACUUCCAGGCCUCUUUGUUUCAAAUGGCAUGCCAUGGCACGAGAGAAAAGAGGAGGGAAAAUUGUUGGCGGGCCGCCGUGCACUCCACAGUUGCGCGCCACAUUGCUGCAACUUGAUUGGUCGAGAGUUGCCUGGCGCGGAACUCAAACUUGUCGAGCAGCACGAAGCACUGCAGUCCACUGCGAUGUUUCGUACGAACAGCAAGGUGGCUAGAAAUAUGGCUUCUUUCUUCGGAAAACAUCUGAUUUAUCCCUCGUCUGGCGUUCCUAAAUCCAUGGCUGAUCUUCGGAGAUACGAGGGAUUUUUUCCCAACAUGAGUGGAGCAACGUAUGAUCCCAUUUCCCUGAUGAACGAAGAGAAGAAUCUUAGCCGUGAGCCGAACAGUAGCUUUUCUUCAGAUUCCACAACUCCAUCCCACGAUGAUGACAUCUUUUCGAACGCUACCUUUACGUUUUCAAGUGGUGAUGACAGCACAGGAUCGAGUCAAACAUCCAAUGACGUUUAUAAUGAAGGUGAGCAAGCAGUGUUGCUGAAGACUCCAAAGAAGAAUCUAGGGAAGCGAGUGAGUCCAAGAAAACCUCUCAAGCCCGUGAAAAGUGUAAAUCCUUGGGAUCCAAGCUUCAAAGGCGUCACUCUUCACAUGAAAACGACGCUAAAGAAAGGUAAAAGGGGCCUAAAAACUCGAUCCGAGGCGCAACUGGUGAUCGAUUGUUGCUUUACUUCCAAGAAGAAACGUCGCUGCUCAAAUCCAGAGUUCGAUUGCAAGACAUCGAGAAGAAGGCUUGCUUCGCCAGGGCUUAAUCCUUCAGUUUUCAAGCUGCAAAACUCUCCGGAGUCGUUGUUUAAUGACAGAAGCCCACUGGACGUGGAUUUGGGAACUGCGCCUAUCCAAGUCGAGAAGGAAUGCGCAUCCUGCGGAACUUUCAAGACACCUCUGUGGCGUGAUGCGGAGGAUGGCACGCAUUUGUGUAAUGCCUGUGGAAUCAGGUACAAAAAGUACAGGAUCCGUUGUGUCCGUUGCUGGUAUAUUCCUAAAAAGGAGGAAAAAGCUUUACCCUGCUGUACUAGCUGCGGGCAUACCUACAAAAUUACUCUUAGUCGCAAAGGAAACCCAUUUAGUUGUAGUGAGUAACAAAAUCUUUCCCUGUUUGGUUUUAGUCCGCUCACUGUAACGGUUUUGAGUGUUUUACAAAGCAUUAACAUGGUAGCAGUGGAACAUGGCGAUGGCUUUAACAUGGUAACGAAACUAUGUACUGUCAGAUUUCAG